AUGCACGCCUACGCCCCAGGGAUUCCAUCAGAUAUGCUACUGGUGGAUAGAAUCUUACCUCCCUUACACGACGCCCACUACUUCCAUAUUAAAGACUUGGUCCACCGCUCCUUCAGAAGCCAAACUGACCCGCAUCCAGAGUACCCCGGAGUGCGCAUAAUGGCGGAUCUGUCAGCGGCGACCCUGCGCAGAAGAAGAACCUUCAACACAGUCAUGGCUGAACUGCGAAAUCUGGGCAUCAAAUAUCGAUGGGGCUACCCCACAAAAUUGAGCAUCACCAAAGGCAGAGAAAACGUCAUGGUCCACACCCCAGAAGAAGGGAAAAAAUUGUUGCAGGAGUGGGGCCUACACACAGGACAGACCUCGAGAGCCGCCAUGUCUCCGUGCCACACUGCACCUCCAAGUACGGCACAAGUUCCUGGACUGGGCCACGCUGCAGACAUCAACUAA